UGGAUCUAGGAUGCUUCAAUUCAUUCUCAACUGAUAUGUAGCAUCAAUAUCCGAACUCUGUCACAUGGGGAAUGCACAAAGGGGUUUGUUGUUACGCUGCAACAAAUGCUAAAAGUUCUAACACCAGUUGGUGAAAAUGGUCUAUGGUGUUAUAAAGUUUUAUCAGGAAAAAAAUGGUCUAAGGUUGUUUACUAUGUUAUUAACAAGUACUGAGUAACUGUAUGAACCUUAUUUAUGGAUUCUAGAAGACUCAUGUUGCAGAAAGUCAGAGAGAUAGCAAAUGCUGCUGAAAGGAGAUCACAUGGAAGGUAUGAAGCACGUAUAGAUUCCUUUAUGCAGAUUGUGCCUUACUCUAGCAUAUCUCAAGAGCUAAAGUCCUCUGCAGACACAGGCGUAGCAGGUUGACUCUUGACAGAGAUAAGAAUGUAUGACAUGCAGUUUGCUGGAUUUUUUCAAAAUACAGCCAUUUCUACUAAAGGAAAUAUACCAGCUACCCGUUUAACUUUUAAUAGGUUUGCUAAAUGGAAAUGUACAGUUUUUGGCUAUUUGUUUAUUGGUCCUGCCGCUCCUGCAAGGACAAAGUUAAUCGAGAAGCAAGAAGCUAGUCAGGCUGUUCCUGCAUGUUCUGGUGUACAGUGCAGCAACUAUUUUGUCAUCAUGGGUGGACCCAAGCUGCAAUACCAGAUGCUCCUGCUCCUCCGACUGACAUACUAUCCUCCAGAAUCUUCUGCAUUAGUCUACUCCAAUGAUGCUGCAAAUUCUCUUCUGCCAGUAUUGUGGCAUCAAAGGAAGCUGGGAUGAUCUGAAGCAGAAGCUGAAAUUGCAUUGUGGAAUAUGGAUUGAAUCACAUGGAGGUGUCACGAGUCUUCGAGGAUCAAAUCUCACACCGAGAAUCAUAUGCUGACGACCUAUGCAAAGAAGUUGACGGAUGUUAUAUCUGUGUUUCAGCAAAUUAACGUUGAAUUUUGACACAGCCAUGUGCAUGUUGCCAGCUGCAACUUUAGGCUUACGAUCUUAGGAUAUUUGUUGUGUAAUUGUUGUGUAACAACAGCCUUCCAUCCCAUCCAUUUGUUAGGAACGUCAUGUGCACCAGUUCGACAUUCCCUUUGCAGUCUUGUCUCAGCUUGACAUGCUAGAAAAAUUUAGGAAUUUUUAAGUAGAUAUGGUUACUGUUUUCUCAAACUUACCAGCUGGAAUGGUUAUGUGAAGUCAAAGCAACUUCUUCGCUCAGCUUUGUCAUUUCUUAUAUGUUUGUUUGCAUAUGUAGCUAUAACCAAGGUCUAUUGACAGGUAUCAAAAGGUUCUCAAAGUAGGAUGUGGCUGUGUCUUUGGUAAGGGAAAGCCUACCUCUAAGCAAGCUUGCAGAUCUAAGGGCCCGUUUGCACAUGAUUUCCAAUAAAUCAGUGAUUUGAAAUUAUGGUGAAGUUGAAAUUUUGUUUCAACAUGCAAUUUGGAUUUCUUAUAUUGUAUUCCAAAUUGCAUGGCCAAAUGCCUAAUAAAUAUAAGCAUAAAAGAACUGUGAUUUGUUUUUGUUGAUACAUGCCUUUUUGCUCCUGAGAAAAGCCACAUUUGUUUGCUGGUC